AUGAACGAGUUCGGCGCGGGGUUCGCGGGCAUUCUGAGCCGCAAGGGGCGCGAGAACCCCACCUUCAACGACUGGAACGCCGUGCUUGUCGUCUACUGCGACGGCGGACUCUACGCCGGCUCGCGCGGCGCCUACACCGCCAACCUGACGAGACCGUUCUUCAUCGAAGGCCACGCCUCGCUCGCCAGCGUCAUUCACGACCUGCGGUUGCGCGGGCUGGGCUCGGCGCGCAACGUGCUGUUCAGCGGUUGCUCCGCGGGCGCGCAGGCCGUGGCGAUGACGUGCGACGCCAUGGCGCGCGCGCUGCCGUCCGCCUCCGUCAAGUGCCUCAUGGACGCGGGAUUCUUCCUCGACACGCCGGACAUCCAGGGGCGGCUGACGUGGCGGCAGAGCGUGGAGCGGCUGUUCAAGUUCCACCGCAUGGGGCUGGGCAUUCCCCCCGCGUGCCGCCAAGUGUUCGUUGUGGGUCAGUGUGCGUGCGGGCGGCAGAGCGUGGAGCGGCUGUUCACGUUCCACCGCAUGGGGCUGGGCACUCCCCCCGCCUGCCGCCAAGGUGCGUGUGCGCGUGGGUCAUUGCGCGUGGUGGCACCAGUCCCAUCUUCCCCGCAUAGGCUCUUCAAGUUUCACCACAUGGGGCGGGCGUACCGCCCGCCUGCGGGCAAGGUCAGUGUGCGCGUGGGUGGGAACCCAUUGACUUCUGAGUCGACUCAAAAGUCACCCCGCCCGCCUGCCCGCAAGCCCCUCUCCUCAUCCCUUAUCUCUCCCAUUUUCCCUUCCCCACACACAGCCCAUGCAAAGGAGCCGUGGAAGUGCCUACUCCCGCAGUACAACCUGCCCUUCCUCCGCACGCCUCUCAUGGUGGUCAACAGCCUACAGGACGAGAUCGCCGUCAAAAUGACCUUCGCGCCGCCCCUAAUCAACGGCUCCGUGCGCAUCCAAAAGUGCAUGGACAACAGCCCGCUCUGCCCCGCACCCUACCGCACCGCACUCCACCUCUACCAGAGCCGGCUGGCGCGGACGGUGCUGGGGAUACAGCGGGUGAAGCGGCAGCAGGGCGUGUGGUUCGAGUCGUUUCUGAUGAACUCUACAUCGCAUUGCUCCGCGGUGUAUGGGGAGUGGGUGGGCAAGGUGGACGUGCUGGGUAGGCAGCUGCCCAAGGUGGUGGAGCAGUGGUUCUUCCAUGGGCGAAGUGGCAAGGCUGGGGGGGCGGGUGGGUUGGUGGGGAGUGGUGGCGUGAAACGAGGGGGGAAUGGCACGGGGGCAGGUGGUGCAGGCGCGGGGGCGGGUGGUGUGGGGAAAGGUGGCGCGGGGGCGGGUCAAAGGGGGAACAAAGGGGGGUGGGCGGGAGGGAGGCCUAUUCCCCGCCCACCGAAGGUCCCUGGCGUGCAAGCAGGCAGUGCAGGCGCGGGGAAGCUUCCCCCCAAGAGGGGGGCUGAUAAGAUGGGGGCGGGGGGAAGGCAGGGCGGAGAGAAGGGCGCGGGGGGGGCAGCAGGGAAGGGGCAGCAGCAGGGGGCAGGAAAGAGCGUUGCGAAACGGCCAGGGACAGCUAUAGGGAGGGGGCCUGGAGUGGGGGCAGGGGCAGGGAAGGCACCGGGAGGGCAGAGAGGGCCUCUGUGGCCUGGUGUGAGGGGCGUUCGCGGUAAGGGGCGAGGUGGGCUGGCUCGGACAAGCAGUGAGGAGCAGAUGGGUGGACUAACGCAUAGAGGAAGGGGGGGGAAGAGUGGGAAGAGGAAGAAGGGGAAGGGCGGGAGGAAAGGAAGGAAGAGUGGGAAGAGGAGAGGAGGGAAGAGUGGGAGGAAAGGAGGAGGGAAGAGUGCGGGGAGGGGAGUAGGUAGCAAAGAGGGGGGAAGGCGGAGUGAGGUGCGAAACAGUGAAGCCAAAACGGUGAGAGUGACAGAGGAAUGA